CAAUCAGCUUUUGCAAAGCGUCCUAAGCUGACGUUCCACCGGUUCGGAUGAACAACCGGUAGCACUGGAGAAAGACUGAAAAACCCGCCCGUUGUUUCUCUGUGUCCGCUAAUUUUCCCGUCAAACGCCCAAACAUCAUGCCUUUCGAUGUUAGGAGAUUCGAUAUCUACAGGAAAGUGCCAAAAGAUCUCACCCAGCCAACCUACACGGGAGCUUUCAUAUCCAUCCUCUGCUGCGUCUUCAUACUCUUCCUCUUCCUGUCCGAGCUGACGGGAUUCAUAGCCACCGAAAUUGUAAAUGAAUUGUAUGUGGAUGACCCUGAUAAAGACAGUGGUGGGAAGAUAGAUGUGAGUUUAAACAUCAGUUUGCCAAACUUACACUGUGAUUUGGUGGGUUUGGACAUCCAGGAUGAAAUGGGGCGCCAUGAGGUCGGUCACAUAGACAACUCCAUGAAGAUUCCUCUGAACCAGGGAGAGGGCUGCCGCUUCGAGGGGGAGUUCACCGUUAACAAAGUACCAGGGAACUUCCAUGUGUCAACACACAGCGCUACGGCGCAGCCCCAAAACCCCGACAUGACUCACACCAUCCACAAGCUGGCCUUUGGAGAAAAGCUGCAGGUACAAAAAGUCCAGGGGGCCUUUAACGCUUUAGGAGGGGCAAACCGCCUGUCGUCUAACCCGCUGGCCUCACACGACUACAUACUGAAGAUUGUACCGACCGUGUAUGAAGACCUGUCGGGCAGGCAGAGGUUUUCCUACCAGUAUACAGUAGCGAACAAGGAGUAUGUGGCUUACAGCCACACAGGCAGAAUAAUCCCUGCGAUCUGGUUCAGAUACGACCUCAGUCCAAUCACAGUCAAGUACACCGAGAGGAGGCAGCCUUUUUACCGCUUCAUCACGACGAUUUGUGCCAUCGUCGGAGGGACGUUCACCGUGGCAGGGAUCAUCGACUCGUGUAUAUUCACCGCCUCUGAGGCCUGGAAGAAGAUCCAGAUCGGGAAAAUGUCAUGAGGACUGCCUCUCCCCCCUCCCCAACCAAGUUCUUCUUUUAUUUAUAAGCUCAGAGUUGCUAGCCUGCUAGCUAAAUCCGCUUCUGUUUGAAAACAAGCCAGCGACCAAUGAGGAGGAGUCCCCAAGCAUGCGAUAUAACUAGCAGGCUACCCGGCUGCGUCUCCGUUACUGAAGGUCCUCUCCUGCUCCGUCUCCUCUGCCGCUGACGCGUGCGUCCUGACUAUCACAUGUCUUCUCACGCCGUCCCCGGUGUCAGGACAGGAGAGGAAAUCUCUUGUUACGACUGAUCUGGAGGAAAGAUGUGCCAGAAACCUACCAGUGUGCGCUUCUGUUGUGUUUGUGUUUUUUAUUUUAUAUAUAUGACGUUUAAAAUGGCUAAGAUUGGCUCUGACGUGAAAAGUUUUAAACUUUGGUGCUAAAACGCGGUCCACCAUAAAUGAAAUCACUCAGAAAUGUAAAAGUAUCUUCCGUCUGUGCCUUAGGGGUCACCUUUCCCUGCGUGAAUGAUCGCCGUCAGCUAAUUGUUUCACUCUGAUUGAUGGUUUCGGUGUCGGUGCCGACUUGCUCUGCGGAUCUUUCAACAGGACCUUUUUUUUUUUCGUUUUAAACCAAUCAUGUCAUCAGCUGCCACAUUAUAUAACACUAGAUUGGACUGUCUGGGUGACUUAAAUGAUUGGAAGUUAUGCAAGCACAGCAUAAUUGUUUAAAUGGCUGGUUUUAUUAUUCCCUUUCAUCGUACUGUUGUCUGUGAUUCAGCACCAUGAUAGCUCAGUCAGAUCCUGCUCUUCUGCUUUCAGAGCCAUUUUUUUUUUUCCCUUUCAUUUCUAACGACUUCUGUAAUGGCAUCUGUUUCCAAGUAAAGGGACCAUAUAGUUUAAUUCUC